AUGAAUUUCCUCCGACGGCUUUCCACCAAGGCCAAGGUUGGAACUGGGUUUCUUCUUUCAUACUCCUCAUUCGAACUAUACAUGCAUUUACGUACAAAGCGUCUCAUAAACGAUAGAAGUGAGGGUAUUGUAACAGAACUGGAUAUCGAAACAAGGUUCAAAUCUGCCAAUAUAAAUAACUUUUUCGUGAAUCCGUUCGAGGAAUACCGGCCACAAACCGCUUUUGAAUUUCUCCUUGUGCGAGUCAUUGAAUUCGCUGAGAGCUUCUACGCUAACAAAAUCGAGAUUCAUGAUAAGUAUCCCACCGCAGACGGCGAAUUCGCCGAGGUGGGAGAUUUGCUCAAAACCUUCAGACCCAAUUAUGAGCUCAUGCGUGAAAACAGCCUUAUUCUUCGUCUGUGUAUGGCAUCCGGGAACUACAAGUCUAUGGCACGUUCAGCAAGAGGGAAACCACCAGUAAGAGACCAGAUGCUCUUUACCUGGCUAGGACAGUCAUGUUGCUUGGUCCAGAUUGGAGGCUUGAACAUUUUGACAGAUCCGAUCUUCAGUGACCAUCUCUUAUCCAAAAAUGUAGGUCCAAAGCGAUUGGUGAAAUCGCCCAUGUCCGUAGAAGAUAUCAAGCAGGCAACCGGUGGCCACUUAGAUUUGGUUCUUGUGUCACACAAUCAUCCGGAUCAUCUUGAUCUUGAUGCAGCCAAGGAGAUCGGCAACCUGGCGACUUGGAUCGUUCCCUUGGGACUUAAACUGACUCUCGGCCGCAAAGGUAUAUAUAAUGUGAUUGAGAUGGACUGGUGGGAGACUCUUCCAGUGAACGAUUGUCUUUCUGGUGGUGACGGUGCCUCGUUGCCUGAUAAGUACGAGGUUCUGUGUGUUCCGUCCAUGCACUGGUCAGGGCGGCAUGUGGUUGAUGCCAAUCUCUCGCUUUGGGGUUCAUUCAUUCUUCGUCGAAACGGCGAAUCUCUUCUAUACCAUGUCGGUGAUACUGGCUACUGCAAGGACUUGUUUGACACGAUUGGAAAACAAUUUGGUCCAAUCAAACUACUGCUUCUUCCUAUUGGACAGUACUGUCCGUCGUGGCAUCAGAGUCCCAGACACAUUUCUCCCAGCGAGAGUGUUGAGGUUGCGUCGCAGGUGGGAUCAACCAAGAUUUUUGGCAUACAUUUUGGAACAUACAAGUUGAGCUCAGAACCCAUUCUCGAGCCAAAGAACAAGUUGUUGCAACUUGCAGAGGAGCUCGGAACCGACGAGUACAAGGUGCCCGAGUUUGGGCUCACAUACGUGUAUGAUUUGAGCAAAAUCAAGGCUCCAGACGGCUUCAGUGCUUCCAGAAAGAACUAG